ACGUCACGUCUGGUAUCUUCUUCUCUCUUACUCUGGGAAUAGUUGAGAGCUGUGGAAGAGAAUAUGGGGAUGGAGGUGGGUGUUGUUGAGUUGGUGAGAACUGGUUGGAUUGCAGGGACAUUGCCUAUACUGAUAGCUUCGUUGCCCUUGUCUUGCCUCAACUCCUUUCAUGACAUCGUUUUGGGUUUUGCCAAGAGAGGCAAGAUCUUGCAAUCUUCUUCUUCUAAGAGAUUCACAGUUCCUCAAAAGUUCUUCUGGCAUUUCUAUGUGCUGGCUGUCGUGUGGACAACCCUACUUCUUGCAACAACUUGGACAUAUGCAUAUAAAAUGGUGCCACUGAAUGCGGACCCAUUUCUUUAUUCUACAUUCGCCAACCGCAUUACUGGAGGUUCACAUAUCCUCUCCUGGCGCAAGUCUCCAUCAAUUCCUAUAGGUUAUAGAUAUAGUGUCUGGCGUUCUGUCUUUUUGCUUUUGUUGAUGGAAGUUCAAGUUGUGAAGCGCCUUAUUGAGACAAUAUAUGUAUUCAAGUAUAGCUCCACUGCUAGGAUGCACAUCUUUGGGUAUCUGACUGGCCUCUUUUUCUAUACAGCUGCACCCUUGUCACUUUGCUGCAAUCAUAUUCCAGAGGUGUAUAACUAUUCCGUUAAUGGAGUGGCUGAGUUUAUUGUCAAAGGCAAGAAGUAUACUAUGCAAGAUCUGGAUUUUAAUUGGUUGGAAUUUACUAGUUCUCUUCUGAAGCUUGGUUGGCUCCAGUGGAUUGGUGCUGCUAUAUUCUUUUGGGGUUGGUUUCAUCAGGGCCGCUGUCAUGAUAUUCUUGGCUCAUUACGAGAAGACAGUGAACAAAGUGACGAAUAUGUGAUUCCUCAUGGUGAUUGGUUUAAAUUUGUCUCAUCUCCACAUUAUCUUGCUGAGAUAGUUAUAUAUGCUGGUCUUGUGGUUGCUAGUGGAGGAGCAGACCUCACAAUCUGGUUAUUAUUUGGAUUCGUGGUGUCGAACUUGGUAUUUACAGCAGCAGAAACACAUAGGUGGUACCUUCAGAAGUUCAAAAGUUACCCAAGAAAUCGGCGUGCCAUUAUUCCAUUCUUAUACUAAGCAAAUGGGUUAUAGCUUGUACAUAUGUGAUUUGAGUGUAAAGCUUAAUGAAUGCUCGGACCACCCGCUUAUCUUUCGCGCAUAAAAAAGUUCAUAGAAAGAUCUGAAUAUAUCCGUCCCCUGGAAUUUUUUCUCUAAAUAUGUAAAUCAACGAAGUGUUUGAGUCGGAAACACUUUGUAUUUCUUUGAUAUAGCGUGUAAAUCAGGUCAAGUAUGCAUGCGACCAGAGUUAUUAAACACCCCAAACUUCUGUUAUCUUUCUGUUGUGGUUGACGUAGUCAAUGAAGAAGGGAGAAAGAAAGGGUGAAACUGUUGACAGUACUUGAAGAAGAUGAUCAGGUUCC